AUGGAGCCGCCCGAACAGGCGCGAGCACGAGGCUUGAAAACUUGGGGCAGGAACUCUCACAAGGAAGCCGAAGCCUUCAAGACUUUGGAGUCAUACUUUCGGGCAUCCCCGAUGUCAAGCUUUCACAAGAUUCAGCGCUUGACUGGCGCAUCCAAAGCUGACGCCUUGUUCAUGCCGAACGGCUUUGAAGAGGGACUGCCGAUCCAGCUGAAAGCUGCCACAAGCUCGGCUAUGCGAGGCAAAAACUAUCAGUUUCAGCACUUAUCCGGGUACGACGGCAUGUUGGUAAUUAUGAUUGGCCUUGAUGGGAAGCAUAUUUGGGCAUCUGCUGGCCAAGAGAUGUCAUCAAAAGAGCUGUGGAUAACAGUAGGAUGUAAGAGUGAUACCAGCCGGCGAGUGAUGGACCUUGGAUCCCAUUCGGUCGCUUGCUUUGAAGACGAGUCUGAGUUCCCGCAUGUGUCCAUUGCUGAAGCCAUGCUGCAAUGUGCCGAUAAUCACAAGCUGGAGGUUGCGGCGCACCUGUUGUUUGAUCAACUCAUCAGCUCUGCGGAUUUGUGCCUGCGUUACCCUACUGUGCAUCAAUCAGCUGUGGAUUCGCUGCUGGCUAUUGUGAAUGUCAACGGUUCUAUCAUGAACCUUCGGGUACAGGAGAAGGCAAGGCAUCCACGCCGGACUGAUGCGCGCUACAUGGUCGCAAUGAAGAAACAAGGUGGCGCUAUGGGAAACCUCGCUUACAAUGAAAAUGACUUUGAUCUGCUGGCUGCUUUCCUCAUGGACGAAGACCAGCUUCAGGGGGCAUUUUUCAUUCCAACACCUGCGCUUGUUGAACAUGGCUUCGUGGGCAAGAAGGCCAAGACAUUGUACCUAUACCCACCAUGGUGCUUGCCAAAGCGGCAGAGCACCAAAGAGAAACACAGCUGGCAGCUGGACUUCUUCCUUGACCUGCGAGGUUGGAACGGCUCCCAGAAGCCGGAGCCAGAAGUGCUCGAGAGGCUUAGAUCGUUGAUUCUGCGAUCGCUGGAUGACACGUCAGCAACGGCAAACUUGGGAGUGUGA